GAAGUGGUUCUAAAUACCAGGAAGUUGUAAACAAAGCUGACAGCUGUUAGUUAGUUAGCUGUUAACUACAGCCGCACGGACGCGGACCUGAUGGUGUUACAAUUGUGUUCCUCGCCGUUUUUUGGUGUUAAUUAAUAAUUUAUCUCACCAUCAUCACAAUUCUCUGGAAACCGGAUGGGGAAUUGUUUUAUCCUGAUCGUGUAUUUGAAAAGCUAACGUUAGCUGCGUUUGUUUGACGGCGUAGGAGUAACCAUCGAUCCAUUUGAAGGACAUUUUAAAGCCAUAUGCUCAUCCUUAAAAUCCCAGAAAUCGGCGACGUCAGUGUUGGAUUGUCCUUAAUACUGUGUUUGCAACAUCAAGGAGGCGUAAAACCCUAACGUCCCACAUCAAAGCAGGACGACGAUGUCGACGUCCAACGCUAAUUUUAAAAACAAGUGUGUGGCCCAAGUUAGCUGCAUAUUUUGUGACAGUUUGCUCUGUACGAGAGGCAUGAAGGCAGUGCUUCUUGCAGACACAGAGGUGGAGCUUUUUUCGACUGAUAUACCCCCAAAUAGAACUGUCGACUUUGUGGCCAGCUGCUACUCAACUGAAAGCUGCAAAUGCAAGCUGAGAGACAUUGCAUGUCUCAAAUGUGGUAAUGUUGUGGGUUAUCACGUUGUGGCCCCUUGUAAACCCUGCCUGCUUUCCUGUAACAACGGACAUUUCUGGAUGUUCAACAGUGACUCCGUUUCCACACUAAACAGAUUGGAUGCAUCAGGUCUCAACCUGCUCCUGUGGGGAGAUCUCCCUGAGCUGGAAGACAGUGACAAUGAGGAAUCGGAAAGCCCAUCAGAGGAAGAGUGUAUCAGGUAAAGAUGGACGCAGACGACCCGAGAGGCUUUUGCAGCAACCAAGAUGAGACAAGAGAGGCCUUAAAGUGUAACUUAAUGCAUAAGCCUAUAAAAGGUGCUUGUUCUGUUUAGGCUGUAACCUAAAAUCCAAGGUAUGCUGGAGGCCACGCCCCUUGAACGGUUAUGUCACAGCAGGUGCUUGGCCUUUGACAGCUGGUGGAACACCUGCUCUGACACACGGCGGAUUAGUCAGGCACACUCCAAAGGUUUAAUCCCCAGAAAACGACACCGUGGUUGUGUUUGUCCCUCUGUGAGACACACAUGCCACCUUUGUAGAACCUGCACCGCUAAAUUGCCUACAUAGUAGAACUAGGUACUGUUCCACACGUGCUGUAGGUGUCGGGAACAAGCAUUUCACACGGGUUGCUCGAAGACCAUGCUAACAAAUCAGAUUUCAAGUCAGGAAAUCUUGUUAUUCACACAGCCCAGCUUAAUUCAGCGGUUAAUUACAAUUUAACCCUUCACUGUUUAAAGCACAGUCACCCUUUCAUAAACAUAUACAUGCUGUGCAAAAUAGUCGAGUGAGUGAAAGACAAAAAAGAUGCAUUGAUCAUCAGUUUGUGCUGAUUCUUUGAAUGUUUCGCAGGCAACACUGUGCUUACAUUAAGCCUGGCUGGACACGAUGGCCUAAUCUUUACGCCAAAAAGAUGUAAUAUAACAAAUCAUUAACAAGGUUGCAGUAUAUUUGUUCCCACUGUGCCGCAGUGUGACUGAACCAUCUCAUUUUUUAAAUAUUUUGAAUGGAUAAAUAGCACAUUUGCUUGAAAGGGCAUAAUCGAUACAUGCGUUAAAUGUACACAAAUUGAUCAUCUCCAGUAAGAUACAUUUUUAUACAUAAGCAUAUCCAGUAUGACUGAAGCAGCUGUGCUGUAUGAAUAUCGCUAAUGUCCAUCGAUCCUAACGGCAGGUCAGCCUUCCUUAAAAGCAAGAGAGCUUCUCAUGUGACAGUAUUUCACUGUAUCCAUGUAUUACCAGAUGUGUGCUGCUCUGGUGCUCUACCUGAACUAUUUAGCAACACGGACUGAUGAGUUUGUGUGUUUGUUCUUGUAUGUAGCAGCAUCAUCAUUGUAGCAUUAAUUCUAAAGAAUCAUGAACAAGUUCAAAGAAAUAUUGAUUGUGAGCGGCCAAAUUUGUUUUAUAGUCAAUGUGCGCCAAAGCAGGGGUCCCCAACCUUGGGGACUCGGGCUGGUUGCAGCCCACAGGCAGGGCAAAACCGGUCUGCACUAAAUCAUUCAGACACACCUUUUUAUUUGAUUAUCAUUAUGACUGAUUAUUAUUAUUGCAAAUAACUACAUGAAAUUGAAUGUAAAUGUACACAAAUAAUGUUUUUUUGUUGUUUUUUUUUUAAAUUAAUGAAUAAUUGUGACCUCUGGGGUCAAAGUUGGUCAGUGCGCACAUGAAGAGACAAACUACGUUAACAUGCUACAAUGGUUCCAUCAGUUCCAGACAUGCUUAUGCACCAUAUCCUGUGCGUGUUGUGUGCGAGGAGGAAUUUGUAGUUGCAGAACUUUCCACAGUGGUAUUGAAGACGUUGUUGGCAUGCCCAUCGAAUGACUUGUGUAAGGUUGGAUCUACUACAAUAAGAAUUGACUGUAAAAACACGCCGCGCCUGUCGCUCAGACACAUCAAACCAUGCUAUUAUCAUCAUCUCUCUGGAAAACAAACUCCAGGCUCGCACCAAUAGUGAGUGAGUACUCAUUUUGUGUGUUUUGUGCAGUGAUUUAAUUUGAUAGUUGGCUUUUCUUUUGUUUUAUACAUAGAAAGAAGUGACAGUAUGUUGAGAUCUAGAAUGCACCUCUCACUCAAGUCGGUCCGUUGGCUCAAAAAAGGUGGAGACCACUGAUUUAGAGAUCAUAAUACCCUAGGAAAUUAAAAUACUCUAUUCCUGGGUCAAACUGUCACUGUUAUAACCAUUUAUUAAAUGUACAGGCAAUGUUUCAAGUAACAUCUGAACACAUCAUGAGCGUGCGAAUAAGGUAACCACUGUAGUGUUGAUAAGUUAAAACCGUAAAACUUCAUUUCACAUGGGAGAGUGACUUAAUUACACUACCUUUUACUGUGUUCAAGCUUUGAGGUUCAUCUGUACCUUUUGGCACUUGAUGGGCCGUGAUCUGAUGGACUAACAGUAGUAGUAGACCAUGUAAUUAGACCAGUGUCAAACACUUUUAACAUUUGUGGUACUUCAGUCAUGGCGCUGACCUCAUGUUGUUCUCUCUAAAACGAUUAGCCUUUCUCUGAGCUUUUUGCUCGUGUUAAAGAAGCAAACCCAAGAUUGUAUUGAAUUUUGAUUAUUUGUGUGUGUGUGCGUGUUACCCUCUAUAUUAAAGUUAGAACUGCAGCCUUGACAAUGUAAUGUUGUUCUUAGUAAACUUCUACAGCUCUUAUUCUGUUCACAGACCAAAAUACUGACAACACACACAUUAUGUUUACAAUUUUUGUUUACAAAUGCUUUGCAAUGUGCUUUAGUACUUCUGUUUUUUGUUAAUGUAUUUAAUAUUUAAUUUGUGUUGUGAUUUAAAAACUUUUUUUUUUUUGAGAGUUGGGUGUGUAUAGUUUACCACAAGAAGAUAUCACUUGUGAGCUUCCACUGGCAAGGACAAGAAGCGAGUGACAUGAUAAUCAAAAAAAACAUACAAGAAUAUUUAAAUGUUUCUGAGGUGAAUAACUGAUUUACAGUAACCUGCCCUGCUGAAAAGGUAUAUUUUGGAAUUGCACUGAAACUGUGCAGGUAGUUUGGAAACUUGAUUGUUGUUUUUGUAUGCUUGUUAAAUUAAUAAACUCAUUUUUUUUAAUACCUCU